AUGUCGGGACCUUCAUCGUCAUCGUCGUCUGUUCUGGUCUUUCUUUGGUGUGCUGCUGCCAUGUACUGCUUCAUCUCGGGCCUUACUGGUGUAACCGAAGCUCAGGCUCCUUCUCUAGCUCCCUCAUCUCAACCUCAAGCCACCACAGAUCCAUCUGAAGGUAGAGUCACUUGCAUGGGAAAUCUUGUUCUAAAGAAUUUUGACAUACGAAAAGAGGCAGGGGGAUCUAAAGUAGCUGUUCAGAAGGAAUACACAGUUCAGGUUUCAGAAAACUACAUUGAAAUCCAACUCUUUUGGGCUGGAAAGGGGACUUGCUGUGUACCUGCGCAGGGUACUUAUGGACCUAUUAUUUCAGCCAUUAGUGCUACACCAGAUUUUGAACCUACUGUCAGUAACCACACUCCAACUAAUAAGAAGAUUAGGACUGGGCUGAUAGUAGGGAUUGUUGUUGGUGGUGGAGUUUUAAUUCUGAUGAUGGUAGCUUUCUACAUCGUUCAAAGAAGAAAAAGGCCCAACUUUGAUGAUGUCGAAGAGCUGUUGGGGAUUGAUAUUGGACCGCUCACUUUCAGUUAUUCUGCACUGAAGUCGGCUACAAAUGACUUUAGUCCAGAAAACAAGCUUGGAGAGGGAGGAUUUGGACCUGUUUAUAAAGGUACCCUUCAUGAUGGAAGAGUAAUUGCCGUGAAGCAAUUGCCUGCAGCAUCCCACCAAGGAAAGAGCCAAUUUGUAACUGAGAUUGCCACUAUAUCUGCUGUACAACACAAUAAUCUUGUGACUUUGUAUGGAUUCUGCGCUGAGGGAGUUAAAAGGCUCCUUGUCUAUGAGUAUCUUGAAAACAGUAGUCUUGAUCAUGCAUUAUUUGGAAACAAAAGUUUAAACCUCGAUUGGUCAACACGAUUUGACAUAUGCUUGGGAGUAGCUAGAGGUUUAACUUAUCUUCAUGAGGAAUCAAGGCUUCGAAUUGUACAUACAGAUGUGAAGGCCAGUAAUAUCCUGCUCGAUUCUGAUCUCAUCCCCAAGAUUUCAGAUUUUGGUUUGGCCAAGCUUUAUGACAAUAAAAUGACCCACAUAAGUACCGGGGUUGCGGGAACAAUAGGGUAUCUUGCACCGGAAUAUGCCAUGCGUGGACACCUUACAGAAAAGGCCGAUGUGUUUGCAUUUGGUGUUGUAGCUCUAGAAAUUCUCAGUGGUAGGCCAAAUUCUGACCCAAGUUUGGAAGAAGAUAAGAUUUAUCUUCUGGAAUGGGCUUGGAACUUGCAUGAAAACAACCGUGAAGUCGAACUAGUGGACUAUAGAUUAUCCGAAUUCAAUGAGGAAGAAGCAAAACGUAUAAUGAAGAUAGGACUCUUGUGCACUCAAACAUCACUGAUGUUGCGGCCUACAAUGUCUGGUGUUGUGGGAAUGCUUACAGGAGCUAUCACUUGGUACUUGACUGAUUGGAAAUUCAAUGAUGCUACAACCGCAAACAUAUCACUUGGUAUGUCAACUCAAGGAACUUCUUCGAGCCUUUUCAACUCAUCGGCUAGUCCAAGCAUAGUAGGGGAUGCACCGCAAACACCUACAAAUGCCACUCAUCCCUUGAUUCACAGUACUGUUAAUGAUGGUCGCUGAGAAGUUUAAAGGAAUUGAAUUAUUAAAUUAAAUGUGGCACAGAGCGAUUGAAUAGUAAGUUCUGAUGGAAAUCAUGUAGACAAAAUCUUCUUGUUAUUUAUUCAUUUUGAUGGAUUUUUUUUUUGUGAGCGAGUGAAUCUGUAAUCAAAGGAAUUGCAAGUUAUUGAAGAUGGUCGUGAUUC